CUCACUUCCUCUCGACUCAUCACCCUAUAAAGAAACCAGCCCUCCUCUCUUCUUCUGUUGAUCCUUUCCAACUCGCAACAAAAACAAGACCAGAAAGAGAGAGAGAGAGAGAGAGAUAACAAUUCUUAUCCAUGGCUACUGUCACCUCUGCAGCUGUUGCCAUCCCAUCAUUCACCGGCCUGAAGGCAGCCGGGGCAGCCAAAGUUAGCGCCACUGCUAAGGUUUCAGCCUCUCCAGUCCCAAGGCUUAGCAUUAAGGCUUCACUCAAGGAUGUGGGUGUUGCUGUUGCGGCCACUGCCGCAAGCGCAAUCCUUGCAAGCAAUGCCAUGGCCAUAGAGGUCUUGCUUGGUGGCAGCGACGGGUCAUUGGCUUUCGUUCCCAACAGCUUCAGCGUGAGCGCCGGAGAAAAGAUAGUGUUCAAGAACAACGCCGGGUUCCCCCACAACAUUGUGUUCGACGAGGACGAAGUUCCCGGCGGAGUAGACGUGACGAAGAUUUCCAUGAGUGAGGAGGACCUCCUCAAUGCCCCAGGAGAGACAUACGCGGUGACCUUGACUGCAAAAGGAAGCUACACGUUCUACUGUUCCCCUCACCAGGGAGCUGGCAUGGUGGGAAAAGUGACCGUUAAUUAAGUUAGUUUGUUUGAAAACUCUGUGAGGAUCAUCUCAUAUUUCUCUCUUUUACUUUUUUGGAAGGUUGUAGAGCUUAAUAAUCUAUGUUGGGAAGUCACGUAAUAUAAUGUGUGUUUUGAACCUUGUUUUUUCA